UUGGUAUCGAAUUUUCCGAGUAGACAACCAUCAGGCGCUUUUCGGAGGAUUAAAUUUUUUCGUUCUAAUUUACUGAAUAAACAAUCAGUGGUUGAGUGGUUUUAAGGUAACUUGAGGAAGAACGGGCCGUAUUAGCAUCUGCAACAAUGGUAAUACAAAGGAAUUGGAAAACAUCAACAAGUAGCACCGAUAACGUUCAACAGUCUUCGUCGGAGUCCGAUUCGAAUAGUUCAUGUCUAACAUUGUCUACAACAAAUUCACUAAAUAACAAUAAUAAGACAACGAAAAUUAUAUCGAGCCCACAAAUGGCUGAGAGCGUCCAUAAAGCAUUGAAAAGUCGAUUCACUCCUGGACGAUCUUAUACCACCCAAUCAAAUUCGGACAUUGCUAUACGUUCCAUGGAAAUGAUGAGAAUCAAUAUACAAGAUGAAUUUGACCGAGAGAUAAAUGCGAUAGUUAAAAAGUACAUUGAUACAUUCUUCAAACCAGCACUGAAAAAUGUGAAAGAAAAUUUGGGAGAAAAUUCAGUAUCAGUCGACUGUCUUCAAAAAAUGAGUUGCAGCUUAUUGGAAAAUGCAAAAAUCCAAUAUUAUUCACAGUCGUUGGCUCAAACGUCCAUCAAAAUAAAAUCAGAAAAUGUGGAUAUCGGGGGUCAAUCCAUUCAACAUCAGCUUCUAUCAAUGAAACCUUCAGAACCAGUUAAAAGGAAACUGCCUGAAGUUCACCAUCAACAACGAGAUAAUCAAGAAAACAUUGCUGAAAAAAAGGUGGCAGUACAACCUAGUAUGCAACUGAAGCCUGUUGGUCGUACCAAACAAGUUUAUUGGAAUGUUUCCACUCUUAACACGGAAACUAUUUUUGUUCUCGACUUCAAGGCAAACAGGGCGUUUGGUUUUGCACCCGAAUUACACAAAGAUCGUCUAGCCAGCAAACAUCCAGAGUUGAUACGCUACUUGCCAGAUAAUCAGGACAAGGAUUGGAUGAUUCAACAAAAAAUCUUAUCACCGGCCAACAAGAACAUUCGCUUUCUAAUGCUAGUUUACGACGAAGUAAUUAAAAUAUCUCAAUCGGAAGAAUAUCGAAACAAGCCACAAGUCAAAAUCAAUGACCUGGAAGGCUUCAAAGUUCCCGAUUUCAUACUGCAAAAGAUGAAAAUAUUUUUCACUGAAUUGAGUCUUCGGAGUCAAAGUUUUCUGGUAAAUUCUCAAUUUGUGACAAAUGUAACUAGUACGUCUACCGGCAAUACAACGCAACAUCAGGGCAUAAAUCAGAUUGCAAGACCGAGAACAUCAUCAUCAUUGAGUUCAUCGCAUGCCACUUUAUCUGCGUUGUUAUCCAGUUCGUCAGAGAUUGUUGGAGUCAGUGGGAUAUCGAAUUCUUGUAACGACAACAACGACGCCAAGGAAUAAAAUACUCUUUGACUAUUUUACUACAAUAUCAGCAUCUUCAGUCAAUUUUGGAUUGUGAGUGUCACUAUAUGGUUGGUUGGUUAAAAAUUAUUAUUAAAUGUUGUUCAUUUAGCGAAAUAGAAUAAAGAAAUAAAAAGAAAAAG